GGAUGCUGCCAGCGGAAAAUGGCUGCUGCAACCUCAAGCCUAUCCUAAUACACCGAAACGACAUCAAGGUGGAGAGAGAGAGUGCGAGAGGAAGAGAGAGGGAGGAAGAGAGAGGAAGAUUAGGAAAAUGAGAGCAGAUAGAGAGAGGAUGUGAGCGAGCCUGAGAGUGUUUCCUGAAAGGAGGAUAAAAAGAGAGAGAGAGAGAGGAGAGACCCUGGGGUGGGCUGCUGCAAGCGGCGGGCAACACCGAGCCAUGGAGGGCGAGCCUCUGCUCACUCUCUUGGCUUCCCUGACAGUGUGCGUGUUCGUGCAGUGGUGAUGACACGUGAUGACUCCAGUGGCGGUUGGGUGCCCCUUGGAGGUGGCGGCCUCAGUCAUGUGGUCAUAUGUAAAGGGCGGAGUCAAGACGGCAGGGGGCGGAGAGAAUACAUCAUACGUGGAGAGCGGCUGCGAGAUCGAGCACCGGUGUUGGAGUGUGCAGUGCAAAGGGGGUUAGUGUACAACAAGGUGAACCCCAUCUUCCAUCACUGGCGAGUAGAAGAUCGAAAGUUUGGCCUUACGUUCCAGAGUCCUGCCGACGCCAUCUCCUUCGAGAAAGGGCUCCAGACUGUCAUAGACAAGCUAGACAGAGGCUCUGACUCGCCCUCGUCCUCCACACCAGAAGAGGCCGACACCGAGGAUGAUGGACAAGCUUCUCAUACAGGAAGUGAGUCGUCGUCCAACAGCAGAAAGGAGAUGCUUCCCAAACCCCUCACCAUAGUGACGAGCGAGUCGUCGUCUACCUGCUUCGUUCUGUCGGAAGAGUUUAGUUUUGGAUCCAGCCAUGCAGUCACCACUCAGACGCCUGCUCAGAUCCACACCAGGCCGGGACAGCUCUCACAAAUGACGACUGUGUUGAAUCCGCCAUCGCCUCCGCCCCCGCCUCCUGCUCCGCCUACUCCUCCUACGGGUCCCACGGCCUCAUCUCCUCUGUCCCCCCUCUCACCCACCAUCUCUCUGCUGGAGGAGGGAGACCUGCACAGUGUGGACCCUUGCAAAGACCUGUGGGGUUCUCGAGGUUACGAGGACUACCGGCGGGCGGGGGCCACUAGGACUAUGGUCGGGGGGCUGACCGGGGGUGUAGUUGUCGGUGGAGGAGUGAGUGUCCAGGACAAGUCGGAGCUGUGCGUUGUUCGCUUUGAGAAGGAUCUGGCAGGGGUGGGGACGGCGGGCUGCGACGUGACAGUGUCUCUGGACAGUAAAGCUGCCCAGAGGCUGUCCUCGUCGUCGCCCACCUGCAUGUCCAUGCCCAACGCUGUGUCAGGCGUGUCCUCACCCGCCGGGUCCCCCCAGGAGACCUGCAAAGCCUCCCCCUGCUGCAUCCAUACCUCACUUGGCACGCCCCGGUCGCGGACACGUAAGAGAGGAGGAGAAGGGGCCAGUGGUGGUGGUGACCCAGGGGUGAUCUCCCCCGACGACGACAGCCCGUGUCCUCAGGGUUCAUCUUCAUGCUCAUCACGUUGUGUGUACUGCCGCUCUGUUUUCAGCACUUCGGAGAACGGGCGGGGCCGCUGCAGAGACGCCCCGGACCCCGCCCUGCACUGCCUGCGCCAGUGGACCUGUGUGUGGUGCGCAGAGAGUCUGCUCUACCACUGCAUGUCGGACUCUGAGGGGGAGUUCUGGGAGCCUUGCUCGUGUGAAGACUCGCUGGGGGGCCACCCACACCCCCUGUGCUGUGCCCGCUGGUUGGCCCUCGUGGCCCUGUCCCUCUUCGUGCCCUGCAUGUGCUGCUACCUGCCUUUGCACGCCUGCCUGCGGUGUGGGGAGAGGUGUGGCUGCUGUGGGGGAAAGCACAAGGCGGUCCGAUGAGGCCAGGCUAGGGGGUGGGGGUUCCCUGGACCAAGGAGGUUUGGGUGUUCGGAGGAGAGAGCAUUUGUGGGGACGGAGGAGGUAGAGUAAAGCAGGUGGAGUUAAGCAGGUGGUACAGCUCUCUCAGGAGACCCAGACCUCUGACGUGACCCCCCAAAGCCCCGCGGCCUUCCACUGCAUUCCACUCUUUCUCUUUCUCAACCCGAGGCCUUCCUCACUGGCCCCUGCCUAUUGGGGGCACACCGCACUCAGACCAGGCUCUGUGGGAGUCAUCUGGAGCCUUCGUAGUGGAUUUACUGAGGGUCGGCUGAUCUAGAAUCAGCGUCGGAGACUUUAUCACAGGAAGAGAGUGGCAUAGGCUAAGAUGAUGUGUACACUGUUUCAAAUGUCUGUUUUUUUUUAUUUAGAAAGGAAAAACACAAAAAACGAAAUAUGUUUAUAUAUAUGAUUGUUAUAAUUUGAAUUGGUAUAUUUUAUUAAAUGUAAAACAUAUUGACAGAAUCCCCCGAUGGCACACACUAUCACGUAUUCACAGACAUGAGAUCUUCUUGGGGAAGUUAUUUGUUUCAUGUUGGCCUGUUUAUCAGUCAGAUGAGCAGAUGUCACCCUUUACCUCUAAUUUUACCUCAGAUGUUACUCAGCCCUUGUUAAGGAAUGAAAAGAGAAUGGGAGGGGGUGAGCAAAAUUGCAGUCUUCAAAACGAAAGUGUGAACAUCUGAGACCACUGGUGUUGGUUAACGUAGGAGACCACAGUGGAGGAAAGGUUAUUAAAUGCAAAGGGGCAAUUAAUGUUAAGGGAAGUUGCAAUGACAACCACAAAGACUUCAAAGUCAUAAUGUGAUCCAUAAUGGUCCUUUGUAACCAAACACAAGGUUAUUUUUGUUUUAUAAAAAAAGUAGAAAAAAAGAAAAUCAAGAAUGUGUGUCGAACGUUAAAAACACACUCACUUUACACAUAUUUUUUCAUCUUUCCGUGUAUUUUCCAAUAUUAACCAUAGAGGACAUCACAUCCCAACCACUGUACUUGUUGAAUCAGUCAAGGUGCUUACAACUGAGGCCUCUGCGCGAGUCUAUUCUACCUAAUGUACACGUACAGUCCCCAAAGAGAAAGGAAAACAGGACCCUACGCUAACCGAUCCGCAGACGUGUCUAGGCCUUCGAAUGAGACGCCACCAAAAACAUUAAGUGCAAUGAACAAUGUAUUGAAAGAGUAUUUUUGUACCCGUCGCUCACGUUAGAAAAAUCUAAAAAGUGUUGUAACUGAAAACUGUAGUGUGUUAUUGUGUUCCAUAUGAAGCAGAAAUGAUAAAACUGCAGCACGUAGCUCACAGGUGUUUUGCAGACUGUCGACCCUGUGAUGAGAAAAGAGGCACAUUAUGAAAAAAGAAGAAUGGCGGUCGGUCUUCGUUCGGGCACAGUGGGAGAUGUGUUUGCUGAAUGUUGCUUUAAUUAUGAAGAUAGAAAAAGCUGCUAUUAUAAUUCCUGUCCUAAUCCUAUUUAAAUUUCCCGCCGUCUCUUAACAAUCGAUGAGGUGUGGCGGCAGAGUACAACAAUCCUUAUCAAAGUUCUUAUCCCACUCAAGGUGCUGAGGAAGUGACAUAGUGUACGUUUUUGAGUUUAUAGUUAGGUUUAAAGAUAAAUUAAACUCAAGACAUUUAAAAUAGAAACGCUAUCGGGGAUGAAUCUUGCAUUUCUGUGUCUAUUCUGCUGAUUGGCUGUAUAUUUUUAUACUUACAGUGUUUUGCUGGCCAUGUUAGUUUAAAAGCUACGGACACAUUUUGUCAAGCAGAAAUCUCAAUAUGUCAACGAAUCAAUGAACUCACUAGUGUUGAACUAUCAUGCAAGGAAAUAUAUAUUAUAAGAGACACUUGUUACCCUACAGAAGUGAGCCUCUUGCAACCCAAUUGCAAAGAUAACAUUAUUUUGUAGAACUGAAAAACUGAGGCACUAUUAUACCUUGAACUGUUCAAAUUGGUCUCCUCACCAAAAUCAAGAACUAACUUAUUUUCUGAGUUUUGGAAAGUUUUCUUGAAGGCUAGAUGUUGAUUCGAAGGUUGUGUAAAAAUAGGGAACACUGACAUAUAGAUUACAACAAAUAAUCUUAAAAUAAAUCACAAAAUGCACUGAGCAUCCAGAAUGAUGACAGUGUGAGGGGAUCAUGAAUGAUGGCAGAAUGAACCUUUCAGAAGCUUCACCAGAUGAUUUACAUAUUUAGGUUUAACCAAGAACUUUGAUCCAAAGUGACUUAAAGUGAGUGAACAGGCAGUAAAGAGGGUUCAGAGACAGGACACACACCUGCUGAUGAACGUGACCCCUGACCUCUCGGUUAUGGGACGAUCAUUGUUCCAAAAAUAAAGGACAUGCAACUCUAACACUAGACUGCCAUUCCCUGAUCCUAACCCCCUUUGUCCCCCCCUCACACACUAUCCUCACAGAUCUGCGACGCAUAGACCCGCACACACACGUUCACUCGAUGGUGCAGACACACAGAACUAGUGAAGCCAUUGCACACAGUUUGCUACUUCUGGUUCAGAAAUGGUGUUAGAGUACUGACAGACAUGCGGUCACAAUUUUCAGGCCCCAUUCUUACAUCUUAAUAAAUGUGCCUUUUGAUUUGAGUAAUCAAUAACUUAUGAUUUCUAAGUAACUCUGUGUUAAGUACUAUUUUACUUUUUUGGGUUAUUGAUUUCUGCCAAUGUGCAUAUUUUCAAAUGUACGUAUUUAUUAGUUUCAAAGUAAUUAAUGAGAUAUUACCUGUUUAUUUAUUUAUUGAGAUAUUUAUUCUGAUUCUUUAUUUUUUUGAGACAGGUUUUUAUCUUCCGUGCUGUCUUACUUCUGACUUUGUGCCAAUGUGCUGCUUUGAGGUGUUACAUAUCGUGGGUUUGUAUCAUUAUUAAACCCUCAGUCUAUAUUUUAAAA